AUGACUUAUGGACGGAUAUACCCAGAGGCCGGCGACCUACAUACUCAGCCCGACUCUUCUUCUACCGACGACCUCAUGCGACACAGUCGAACCACGACCAUGUUUUCUGACAGGGAGGUCAGUGGCCCGGGCAGGGCACUUCCAUCUUACGAGUACAUGAGACCACUUAGGGCCAUGAGCCAUUCGUGUUGGUCAGGUUUUCGUAUCUUGGACAGGGGCAUUGGUUUGGAGGACGACAGUGUCGAAAAUGGGGUUCGUUGUUUAAUCUUAAUUAUAGAACAAGCACGCAUUGAGCUCAAGCUCAAGCAUCUUCAUCGCUUGAUUGAUGCCUGUGCUUGA